GAAAAAAAAAAAAAAACCCCUAAACUACUCUCUGAUCUCUAGCCCGAUCUCUCACCUUCUCCCUCUCUCUCUCCCUUGAACUCCCAAACCCUCACCUUCAACCCACCCCUCUCUGAUCUCAUUUUUGAGCUAUGGAAAAUUUUGUGAUCCAUAGCUCAACCCUUCCUACUCUCUUUCACCACCGAUCCUUGUGCCUCUUACGCCACUGAUCAAGCUCGAUGUGCCGCCACUGACGAAGUCUGUCCUGCCGCCGAUCUACUAACUAUUCAAGGCGAUUUGCCAUGAAGCUUUCAUACACAUGGAGGGUCAGAAAGAAUUUGUGCAAAUUGACCACAAUGAUUUGUUUCCUUAUCUUCUUGUCAAUAUUGGAUCUGGUGGUAGUAUGAUCAAGGUUGAUGGGGAUGGGAAAUUUCAGUGGGUUAGUGGGACAAAUGUUGGUGGUGGUACUUACUGGGGCUUGGGAAGGCUGUUAACAAAAUGCAAGAGUUUUGAUGAGUUGCUAGAGCUGAGUCAAAGGGGAGAUAAUAGGACCAUAGACAUGCUUGUUGGAGAUAUUUACAGUGGUAUGGAUUACUCUAAGAUUGGUCUCUCUGCAUCAACUAUUGCUUCUAGUUUUGGCAAGGCUAUAAGGUUAUAUUGCACGAAUGCUUUGGAAGGCCCACCUAAGACCUCUCAUUCCAACUCUACCUUUGCGUAAACUUUGUUCCAAAUGGCCAAUUCAACUCCACUUCUCUUCCAGCCCAACUUGGCCGAGUCAGAAAGCAGCCCUCCACCUCUAGAGAAACACCAUCCAUCCCUUGAUUCCACCAUUGAAAGGUGUAUAGGAGAUUUUGGGUGGGCCCAAUUUUUCCAAACCAUACUUGUAUCCUUUGCAUGGCUAUUUGAUGGACAACAAACAUUCAUUAGUGUCUUCACUGACCAAUACCCAACAUGGCACUGUACUGCUCAUCAACUUGGUUGCAACUCAUUCUCCAACAUUUGCUAUCAUCCAAAGAAUUCAUGGGCAUGGGAGUGGCCUUCCUAUACAUAAAUCAUAUCAGAAUGGAACUUAGAGUGUUCUUGUUCCAUUAUCACUAGGUUACCUGCAUCAUCUUUCUUCAUGGGUUGCCUAGUGGGUGGACUCAUUCUUGCCACACUUGCUGAUUCCUCACUUGGUCGCAAAAACAUGCUCUCUUUCAUGCUUAACCGUACAUGAAAGAGAUAUAUAUAAAAACAACUACUCACUAAUACAUAUUUUUCAAUUGCUAGUGAGUUAAUUAUUUUUUAUUGAUAUGUCUCACACUUAUUAGAUUUAAUUCAGCUGACAUGGUAUCCAUAAAAAAUACCUUCUCUUCUAGGAGUGCACUUCUACUAAAGGUUCCACAUAUAAUUACAAGAAACAAAAGAUGUACAAUAUCUUAUAAAAUAAAAUAAAAAAUAGACACUGCAUAUAUUUCUAGUUGACUUGAGUUGCUACCUUCCACUUUUUGCUGACCGGUCCGACACUCUGUUUGCCUCACCAUAGGUAUGAUGUAGAUGGACCAUCUAGGCCUGUUUAGUAGUAUGUUUUAAGUAUUGUUGUUUAAAAUAAUGUAAAAAU